AUUUUUUUUUACUGCACACUGCACUCACACACAGCUACACACACUUGCCUCCUUAACAUGGUUUUGAUUUGUUAGACUUGUGCGCCCCCUACCGGAGAUCGUCCAUCAUUACAAAUCUGCAGCUUUGCAGGUUACACAAAGUCUGGCACGUGCCUUGUGUAACUCCAAAUCAGCUGCUGUUUGGUAACACGCGCUCGUGUUUUACACGAAGAGGCAGGCACCUGGGACACGUCUGUCCAAACCUGUUAAUCUUUUUCGCAAACCUUGUUACUGCCGUCCACUUAAAUAUGCCGCCUUCAAAGAGUGACCAAGCUCUGGUGAGUGAGAUGCUGAAGGAAGUCCUGGCAGGUCGAGAAGAUCCAGAAGGGUUCUUUGCGAUCUGUUUGUCUGUCCUGGGUCAUCGUGAGACUUACUCGGUGUUCCAGACACUCAUCAAGCCUCUGUCCACUGCCAACACUAGUGUUCACUCCACGCUCACCUUAAUCUACGAAGAAUACUUUUCUAAGACUGAAGAUGAUGACCUGGAGCUUGCUUUGGCUUUGUCUCUUAUGGAGAUGGAAGAUCAACAGCCGUCAACACAGCACAUGCAGGCUGAGGUCAGAACCAACCAAAGCGGCCCAUUUCAACUGAAUUCAGCUUCCAUGUCCCUGGAGAAGAGCUCAAUUAAGCCAGAAGACCAAGUCGGCAGAGAAAAUGACCCAGUGGCAAAAUCUGGACUCAAAAGCAAGGAGAGCCCCAAUUCAGAAAGUCGGGAUAUUGCCCCUCAGAGAGGCACACACGAAAACCAAGCACAAACCAAGCAAGAUGCAUUCAAAGAACCUCAAAACCUCGCGAAAGAUCAAACUCUGAAUCAACCUGAGGAACCAAAGCGCUCAAAGAGCAGACGGAAGCGGAGAAAAGGAGCGGCCAGUCUUGUAGGAUUACCCGGUUCUCCAUCAGCAUCUCCACCCGUUCUGCUUUGGUUCAGGAGGGACUUGAGGUUGUGUGACAACCCCGCUCUUAAUGCAGCACUAGAAAUGGAUGCACCCGUCAUCCCCAUCUUCAUAUGGAGCCCAGAAGAGGAGGAGGGCCCAGGAGUUACAGUGGCUGCAGGGGGAGCUAGCAAAUAUUGGCUUCAUCAGGCUUUGGCUUGUAUCUGCACCUCUCUGAACCACAUUGGCAGCCGUCUCACUUUUCUGAAGGCAGAUGGAGAGGAGAAAUGCUCUCUGCCAACCCUAAAACAGCUGGUGAAGGAGACUGGAGCAAAAACAUUAUUGGCUAAUGCCUUGUAUGAACCCUGGCUGAAGGAAAGGGACGAUAUGGUAGAGUCGACUCUGCAGAAAGAAGGUGUCCAGUGCAGGAUUUUUCCCUCCUACUGCCUCAGAGACCCUUACUCUGUUAGCACGGUAGGGGUGGGACUCAGAGGAAUAGGUUCCGUUUCUCACUUCAUGAGCUGUUGUAAACAGAAUCCAGGGUCUGCUAUAGGGGUUCCUCUGGACCCCCCACAAUCUCUUCCAACACCUUCCUGUUGGCCACAGGGUGUCCCUUUGGAGGCACUCGGUCUGGCACGCAUGCCCCGCAGGAAAGACGGCACAACAAUUGAUUGGGCUGCCAACAUUCGAAAGUCCUGGGACUUUAGUGAAGACGGAGCUCAUGCUAGGCUUGACAACUUUCUUCGUGAUGGUGUGUACAGAUAUGAAAAAGAGUCUGGCAGGGCAGAUGCUCCAAACACAAGCAGCCUGUCUCCCUACCUUCACUUUGGCCAGCUCAGUCCACGCUGGCUCCUGUGGGACGCCAAAGGAGCACGCUGCCGGUCUCCAAAAUUUCAACGCAAACUGGCGUGGAGGGAUUUGGCAUACUGGCAGUUAACGCUGUUUCCCGAUCUUCCCUGGGAAUCCAUCAGACCUCCAUAUAAGGCGCUGAGGUGGAACACGGAUCGCAGCCACCUCAAAGCCUGGCAGCGAGGUAAAACAGGCUACCCUCUGGUUGAUGCAGCCAUGCGGCAGCUGUGGCUGACCGGCUGGAUGAACAACUACAUGAGACACGUGGUGGCAUCUUUUCUCAUUGCAUAUCUCCAUCUUCCAUGGCAGGAAGGCUAUCGCUGGUUUCAGGACACCCUGGUGGAUGCCGAUGUUGCCAUUGAUGCGAUGAUGUGGCAGAAUGGAGGCAUGUGUGGCUUGGACCACUGGAACUUUGUCAUGCAUCCUGUUGAUGCAGCACUGACCUGUGACCCCUAUGGCCACUACGUCAGAAAAUGGUGCCCAGAACUGGCAGAUCUUCCGGAUGAGCUCAUCCACAAACCCUGGAAAUGUCCUGCGUCCAUGCUGCGGCGAGCAAAGGUGGUGUUUGGCGAGACAUUUCCUGAACGAAUAGUUGUCGACCUGGAGGAGCGGAGAAAUCAGUCCCUGCAGGAUGUAGCUUCAGUGCGUAAAGAAUUUGGACAGUUCGUGGACAAGCGCUCAGGCUGCGACUUGGUGCCUUUGCCCCCCCGGCUGGUCGCCGAGGCCCUGGGGUUGUCCCAGAGGGAUGGAGCUGUGGGAAAGCAGUUUCUGCUCCCUGUCAUCACCCGCAUGGAAUUCAAGUAUCAGCAAGACGAUCCAGACGCGGCAUCGAACCCUUAUAACGCUGUCCUUAAAGGAUAUGUGAGCCGCAAGAGGGAUGAGACCAUUGCCUUUCUUAACCAAAGAGACUUUACCGCCAGCGUGAUGCACGAGGGAACGCAGAGGCUGGAGAGGCUCGAGCGGGACUACCGCAGGAUGGAAGGGCUUCCCCCGCCUCCUUCCACUCAGGGGAGAGCCAGACGAACUCCAACAGCCAAAGACAGGUUCUCCAUAGUUCCUGGUGGGGCGGUCACUUCAUAGGAAAAAGAUAAAAUAAGAGACUCAAGAGUUCCAUAAAUAUGAAGCUAUAUGAGGAAAAUCCACCAUGUUGUGAAACAAGUACUCAUGGCAGGACUUUCUGCAGAAUCCUAGGUUACAUUUUGUCUCUACUCUGGCCUCAUUUUUUUUUAUAUAAAACUUGCGAUUUAUUGUGCAGGUUAUGUGUAUAUAUUGGUAGAUCUUUUGGCGCUUGCCUCAAAAGUAGCUUGCAUGCCAAAAAGGUGUGGGCACCCCUGAUCUACAGCCUAUCAGGACAAACACCUUAAAACAGUCUUCAAUUCGGUCCUCUGUUUUAUAUUAAAUUCCUGAAUUCUAAGUGAUGUAGGGAUAGGGACGAGUACUGUUAAAGCACUUAAGAAAACUAAUUGGGAUCUGGUAUAUAAAAAAUUUAAAUCAAUCUGUUACCUUAUACAGACAGAAACAUCUAUUUUUGAGUAGGAUUUUACCUUUUUUUGUAUUUAUGGUGUGACUUUAUAUUUCCAAAGAGGAAUAAUGCCAACCAUGAUCCAAGGUUUGUGUGCUAAAGGAGUAAAUAGUUUGGUUUUUAUGUGCAUUUGAAAUGCUAGGAAAUAAACUACGACAAAGUUAAGAACCCA